GUCCUGGUGGAUUACUGUGUGGUAAAGCGCGCCAUCUACCUAUGGUGCUGGUGAACUUAUUUUUGUUGCCUGUACUUAAAUGUAUUGCAUGCAGCGUUUUGUACUGGUAAAAUAUUUUACUUUAAGUUUCCAGUCAAUUUUAUUUUAAUAUUCUACUUUUGCCUACUUUUAAGGUUGGUCAACGUCGAUCGUAGCUGAUUUAUUUUUAAAUUAUGACCGGAAUUCGUUGUUUUGUUCUGGCUGACUUGACGGAGUCAGUGUAGGUGAAAGUGAAACUAUAAUGAACCCGGAGUUGAAGGGGAAAACCUACAAUCUAAACUCCACUUUGUUCGUGCGACAGCAGUAAAGAGUAGCUACCUGGCAGCAAAGGGAAGACACACAAUCAUGACGGACUUCUCUACAAUCUACAAACUGUCCCUGGUUGCAGUAAUCUGCUUCAUUCAAGCCUGCAGCAGCAGCUGUCCAGUGCUGGAGUGCUGGUUUGUGCAGGAGAAAACGGGUCGAGGAGGAGGUUUAACUGCUGCCACUAGCCAGGAAAAAGCCCUGCUUCACAUCAGAACAAACGCAUACAGCAACCCUGCGAAGUCCCAACAUGAUCCAUCUGACAUCAACCCUGAAAGAAUCUACUUUAUUACCGACGAAGGUGCCUCUCUCUGCCACCGCUCUCUGAACCCUCCCAGAGGCUCUGUCGAGAAGCCCCGGUGUGAGAUGAACCCCUUCCUGCCGCAGCCCUCCACCCUAAAAUGGGUCGCUCCACUCACAGACUCCGCUUUAAGCCCCAUGUACCUGCAAGCAGACUGGUUUUCAACAGCCAUACAGGGCCUCAACAAAGAACUCGCCGCUUCCACUAUCAUGCGUGCUCCUACAGCCACCAAAGAGCAAGAUGUGAUCCUCAGUGUGACCAGUAAAACUGUGUCGGUUCAGUCCAGACUCGGGGAAACAGCGCUGCUGGAUUGUGGCUUCUGGGUUGACCCCUCCUCGCCUCUGUCUGGGUCAGGUUUUGCCGUAGAAUGGCGCUACCAGUUCAGAGGCAAUGGAAGAUUGGUUCUGGCCUACGACGGCAAGACGGACCGUUUGGCUGAUACGCAAGAGGAAGGAGCCACACUGGACUUUGAUGGUUUGCACGAGAAAGGGAAUGCGUCUCUGAUCCUGCAGGAGGCCAAAGUGCAUCACUCUGGGAUGUAUAUUUGUACGGUGUAUCUGCCGUACCUCGUGGCUCAGGUGGCGGUGGAGCUUGAUAUUGUAGAGCCUCCAUCCCUCUCCAUCCACCCCUCCCCUCUGCCCCUCGCUGUUCCUGGCCAGACUGUGUCCGUCCAGUGUGAGGCGUCUGGCUUUGCCCCCCUCUCCCUGGAACUGAGCUGGGAGUUUAAAGGAGCAGACGGGAAGUCCAGGCCUCUGGGAUCAGGCAGUGUAACGGGCCACAGGCAGGCAUGGGAUGGAACCUACAGCCAGAGCACCAGGCUGGAGCUUGACACAACUAAGCUGGACCUGGGCAGAGGAGGGGAGCUCAUCUGUGUGGCUGGACAUGUUGGCGGCACACAGCAGGCCAGCGUGACCCUCAAUGUCAUCGGGUUCAGUACUCCCUCCAUUGAGGACUCAAUGGCGAUGGUGGGCGUAGCACUUGUGCUCUACGGUCUCAUCAAGUUUGUCUCUUGGACCUUCACCGGCUCAGGCUCAGAUGAAGCUGUUCAACAAGAUAAGAAAGAUAAGUAAAGAAGGCAGAAGACAACUGCUGUGGGAGUGUGUUACCGCGCCAACACACCUGUCUGUUUUGAUAUCUUGGGUGGGUUUAUAGGAUCAGGUUUCAGCAGUGACUGUUCUCCUAUUCAAGUGGAUAGUCACUCCUUUUUUUCAGUGAGCAGAGGUAAAUCUGUUGAAUUUUUUUUACUUUAAGAGUCAUUUUUUUCCAUAGAUCCAGAGUGAUGCUUGCUUGCUUAUGUUUUUUUAAUUUUUUUUUAUACUUGUGGAUAGACAUACUUUUCUCUUGGGGUAUCAGUGAAAACUUUCUGAAAAGGGCUUCUGCUCAGUCAAAUCAUGUUUGUUGUAAUAUUUCUUUCUUCCUUCAAAGUGACAUAGCAGUUAUAUCAUAUUGGCCCUACCACUAUUUUUGACUGUAUCUUGUCAUCAACACUGGAAAACGGCCACAAACAUUUGAAGUGUGUGUGUGUGUGUGUGUGUGUGUGUGUGUGUUGAACAAAGAGGACUAAAAACAUAUUUUGUAAAUGAUCCAGGAAAGUAAAAUUAAUAUUUUGUCCACAACAUGAAUCCUGUUUUGUAAAUACAGAAAAUUCCAUGUAUGUACGUAUAUUCAGAUUUUUUUGUUCAAUAUGUGUGUGAAUGUUGGUAGAAAUUAUGCUCUAACCGCCUGGGCUAAUGCAAACUUUUAUAGAAGUCUGAAGGAAAUGGUACAAACAAAGUGCAUAGUUCUACUGAAGGGUAAAUUAAAAACUUGUGUCAGAAUUUAAAAAAUCAUAAUAAAAGUCUGCAUUUGAAGUGAAAUAAACACAUUUCUGAAAAUGUGCUGCCUUGAGUUUCCUGUUUAUAAGAUCGUCAAGCAUGCUGGUGUGCCACAUUGUUGUAAAAUAACCUGAAAACAAGCGUUAAAUGUGUCUUAAUGCAUAUUGAAGUAUUUUAACAUAA